AUGGACCCCACCUCCAUUAUCCAAAGAGAAAAUAAAUAAAGCGGAAUAUUAACCAUAGCCUCGUUCCCCCCUCUUCUCUCUCCACCAACCAUGGACAUCACCACCAUCAACCACGCCAUGCAACUCCAUGCAAAUUUACUAAAGACAGGCCCUUUCCACACCCAAACACCCUCCCUAAUCAAACUCCUCACCUUCACUGCCCUCUCUCAUCAUGGGAACAUCCACUAUGCCCACGCAAUCCUCACCUCCAUACCUAAUUCCACCUCUCAUCUUUGGAACACCAUAAUCAGGGGCUAUUCAAUCAGCUCUGAACCCAAAGAAGCCCUCCUCCUCUUCUGCAAAAUGUUAAACCAAGGAUCCCCUUCACCUGAUAACUAUACCUACCCUUUCCUCCUAAAAUCCUGCGCUCGCCUCCAUGCCCCCGAAGAGGGCCGCCAAAUCCAUGCCGUCACUUUUAAAACCGAUCUUCAAUCUGACCCCUUCGUACAAAACUCUCUCAUUUAUAUGUAUUCUAAUUGUAAAGAACCUGACGCCUCCCACAAAGUAUUUGAUAAAAUGGACCAUAGGGAUGUGGUCUCAUACACCUCGAUGAUUGCUGGCUAUGUGGACAACAGACGUUCAGUCAAAGCCCUGGAUUUGUAUGGAAAGAUGGAGAGGGAAGGCAUAAGCCCUAAUGAGGCCACAUUGCUUGCACUUUUGGGAGCUUGUGCUAGCACCGGGGCUUUGAGUAUUGGCCAAAAGAUCCAUAGGAUUAUUUGUAGAAAAAACCGUGGAUGUGAGGCCAAGAUUUUUACUGCUUUGAUAGAUAUGUAUGCAAAAUGUGGAUGCAUAAGAUGCUCAAAGAAACUAUUCAAUGAAAUGCCUCGACGAGAUGUUUUCUCAUGGACAGCUAUGAUCGAAGGGCUUGCCAGCCAUGGGCUAUGUGAAGAGGCAUUAUUGUGUUUUCACAGCAUGAAGGAGGAGGGAUCGGAACCUGAUCAGUUGACUUUCACAGCUAUUCUAUCUGCUUGCAGAAAUGCAGGUUGGGUCGAGCAGGGCCGUCAAAUUUUCGAAAGCAUGCUGCCUGAAUAUGGUAUCAAGCCAGAAAUUCAGCAUUAUGGCUGCAUGGUGGGUCUCCUAGCUAGGGCAGGGCUCCUUCAAGAAGCUGAGGAACUUAUUAGAAAUAUGCCCAUAAAGCCUGAUGCAAUUUUAUGGAGGACAUUAGCCUCAGCCUGCAAGACAAAUGGCAACAUUUCUCGAGCCGAGUUUCUAAUAAAGCAACAUCUUCUUGAGAUUGAACCUAAAGAAAGUGGAAACUAUGUUCUUCUGAGUAAUAUAUACGCAUCAGUUGGAAAAUGGCAAGAGAAAGCAAAGGUUAGGAAGAUAAUGGGAAAUAGAGGGAUCGGAAAGCCACCAGGACAGAGCUUGAUAGAGGUUGAUGGAGUGAUCCAUGAAUUCGUGGCAGGGGGAUCAGACCAUCCUGAGGCCCAAAAUAUUUACAGGAAACUGGAAGAAAUUGGUAGAAAGUUGAGAACAGAGGGAUAUCAUCCAAAGGUAUCAGAGGUUUUACUUGACAUGGAUGAUGAAGACAAGGAGUCCGCACUUUUACACCAUAGUGAGAAGCUGGCAAUUGCAUUUGGGCUUAUAAGCAUGAGAAAAGGUUCGGAAAUAAGGAUUGUGAAGAACCUGAGGUCUUGUGAGGAUUGUCACAAUGCUGCAAAACUCAUCUCAAAAAUAUAUCAGAGAGAAAUAAUCAUGAGAGAUAGGGUCCGGUUCCACCAUUUCAAAGACGGGUCAUGUUCUUGUGGAGAUAAUUGGUGAAGGUCAAAGGGUAUCAUAGUGGUG